AUGGUAUGUCCCGAAUUUAAGGCACUUAGUGUGCAUAAUAGAUGGAAACUCGUGAAGGCAAAUCGUGUGUGUUUGGGUUGCCUUCAACGAGGUCAUGGUUUAAGUGAAUGUCAAUCUAGGCGUGAAUGUGGACUUGAUGAGUGCAAGCGCAUGCACCGUACCCUUCUGCAUCAACCACCAAAUUCGACUAAGCCACCGUCAACCACACAUUCAGCUACAUCGCCACCUAGUACCAACAAUGAACAUUUGCUGAAGUGCCGCGACACCAGUUAUUCAGCAAUUAAACCGUUGUUAUUGAUUGGACUAGACAACAGCCAAUUGAGUGCUACCAAAGAAAUGGUUUGCUCUGGUCCAAAUGAACCUAUCGCCGUCAUUACCAAGUUAGGUUGGGUUGCAUAUGGCCUUACGCACACCAGAGGUUGUUCUACAUCUAACAUUCUUCACAUACGAAAUCAAUUUACAACACAACAGUUACACCAGCUCGUGCAAGAGUACUUUAGCCUAGACAGUUUCGCCGUCCAGAAGCCAAAUAUUCCCCUUGAGUCAGUGGAAGAUCUAAGAGCAAGAAAGAUACUAGAGAAGACUACCAAAAAUAUUGGCCAUCGUUACGAAGUGGGUUUGUUAUGGUGUGAAGAUAACGUCGAGCUACCUCAAAGCUACGAAAUGGCAAAAAGAAGACUAAUCAACGUCGAAAACAAAAUAGCCAAAGAUCCAGUUUAUGCAAAAAACUAUAUCGCAGAAAUAAAUAAGUAUGUUGAAAGGGGUUAUGCACAAUUGCUUUCCGCUGAAGAGUCAUCACAACAAGGUCCGUCAUCAUGGUAUUUGCCACAUUUCGGGGUGAUCAACCCUCAUAAGCCUGCAAAGCUGCGCAUAGUAUUCGACGCAGCGGCAUCCGUCUCAAAUAUUUCCUUGAAUUAUGUACUGAUGAAGGGCCCAGAACGUGCACAAUCAUUGAUGGUGAUUAUGGUAAAGUUUCGCCAGCGUCCAAUUGCAAUCGCCGGGGACAUACAAGAGAUGUUCUCUCAAGUAAAGAUACGAGCAGAAGACAGACAGUCACAACGUUUUUUGUGGAGGCAUGGAGACCAGUUACAACCAAUCCAGGUUUAUGUGAUGACAUCCAUGAUUUUUGGUGCAGCCUGCUCUCCUUGUUGCGCCGAAUACAUUAAGAAUUUAAAUGCCAACCGAUUCAAAGAAGAAAUGCCGCGAGGUGUUAAAGCCGUAAUUGAAAACACCUACGUGGAUGAUCUCGUAGCCAGUUACGAUAGCAGCCAAGAAGCCAGUGAAGUGGUCAACGAAGCCAUCACUAUAAAUGCGGCUGCGGGAUUUCAUUUGCGAAAUUUCGUCUCUAACUGCAAAGAGCUACAGAGGCAGUUGAAUCGUGGGACACCUAGGACACCUGACAUUAUCAACAUGGAACGUCAGCCGAAGACCGACAAAGUGUUAGGGAUGUACUGGAAUUUCAGUGAUGAUGUUUUGGAAUUCCAUUUUAAAUUUCACAAAAUCCCACGUGACGUAUUAGACUGUAAGCGUUUACCAACUAAGCGGGAAUUGCUGGGGCUUCCCAUGGCCAUAUAUGAUCCGUUCGGUCUGCUUGCCAAUGUCACCGUUGCAGUCAAGUUAAUAUUGCAAGAAACCUGGAAACAGCAAGUAGACUGGGAUGAUCCUUUACUUACAAAUCUGCGGUCACAGUGGCUUAUGAGUUGCAACUACAUAUCUUUGUUGACGCGUGCGAAGCCGCAUAUGCCGCAGUGGCUUACGUGCGUAUAA